AUGGCGGACAACAACGACCGGCCCACGAGCUCUCAGAGCUCUGACAAAGGAGGCGACGACUUCGAAGACGCCUCUGAGGUUACUCCUCGCCCAGAUUCACAGUCUGACCGGUCACGGCCACGGUCUCUCCUGAGCAAGCGCGACUCCUCCACCUCCUCGGCCCGCGAUAGCAGAGACGAUUCGCCCCCGCCUGACGUGCCAGAAGUGCCCGACCCAGCCAAGGAAGUCGAGGACGACCCAGUCAAGGAAGUCAAGGACGACGACCAAGUCAACGAGGACACAGCCAAGGAGAAGCCCGGCGACGAGAAAUCGAGCGACGAGAAAUCCUCCCCCAACUCGCCUCUCCUCACAGCGCAUAGGAUAUCGGUGACUUCAGAUAUGGACGAUGUGUCCCUAGACGGUGACAAUGCCAAAAACUCCACAACACCGCCGAAACUACCGUCGCGGGAUUCUCGAGACUCAACCAGCAGUGCACUCCAAGGCUUGUCUGGCAGAAUGUCUCCAGUCAAGUUUCCUCCGCCACCCCACCCUCCUACACUUCAAGAAAAAGCAGCACCGCCACCGCCCGCAUCAAGAAAGCUAACGAGCCCCUUUUCCUGGCUAUCACGGAACAGCUCCAGCAAGAAGACGGAUUCAGGAAGCACUUCAACCGCAGACAAGCGCAAUACCAAUGCCUCGAUCAAUACGCUCGGUAGCAAUCCUGAGCUCACCCUCAGCAGGAUCGAAGACGAGGAUCGGACAAACAACCGGUCGAGCUCAGGCAGCUUACGCGACCGGUUCAAAUUUCUAAGGAUGAGAGAAGAGGCCGGCAUCACCAUGACAGAUGAGAACGGUGCCGAAGCGAGUCCUGGAGGUGCACUCGCUGGUCUCGUUGGGCGUUCUACAAGUGUGAGUCUUGGAGUAGGUAGUCCUACUGGACUGGUAGAGGAUGGUCCCGGAAGCCCGCAUCAGCCCACGGUCAACCCAAACCUGGCUCCUGGUACCGCUUCUGGAUUUGCAGCUGGCCCUGCCCCUGAUGCCGCCGAGCCGGUGGAUUGGGAUCUAUGGCAGUCGGUCGUCAAUGAAGGACCUGCAGCUAUCGCACGUACUAGCCCAGAAGAACUGAACCGAGCCAUCGCAAGUGGGAUCCCGCAGGUCAUUCGUGGUGUCAUAUGGCAGGUACUUGCACAAAGCAAGAAUGAAGAGCUGGAGAACAAGUACAGGGAAUUGGUCGCUCGGGGAACAGACAAGGAGCACACGCCUGUCAAAACCCCCAACUCGGGUACCCAAGUCAACGGAAACAAGGAGAAAGACUCCGUUGCUUCCUCAUCGUCUUCCGUUCAUUCGGACUACUCAACACCAGCAACCACCACUGCGAGUGGCACAGCUCCAUUACCCUCACCGUCCGUUACGUCAGAUAGCUCCGAGGAUCCCAUUAAAGCACAGGCAAGAAUGGCUGCUGAAAAGAAGCAAAGCGCUGCCGCUGUUGCAAAAUUAGAAAAGGCCAUCAAGCGCGACUUGGGGGCCAGGACGAGCUACUCCAAGUAUGUCAUGGCAGCUGGUCUGCAAGACGGCCUUUUCGGCAUCUGCAAGGCAUAUGCGCUAUACGAUGAUGCGGUUGGUUACGCUCAAGGCAUGAACUUUAUUGCUAUGCCUUUGCUGUUCAAUAUGCCCGAGGAAGAAGCUUUCAGCCUUUUCGUUACGCUCAUGAACAAGUACGGCUUGCGCGACCUGUUCGUACAUGACAUGCCUGGCCUUCAUCUCCAUCUCUACCAAUUCGAGCGUCUAUUAGAAGAGUUUGAGCCAGCACUUUACUGCCAUCUGCGACGACGAGAGGUCAAGCCACAACUUUACGCCACGCAAUGGUUUCUUACCCUGUUUGCCUACCGAUUUCCUCUCCAGCUUGUACUCAGAAUAUACGACUUGAUCCUCAGUGAGGGUCUUGAGUCUGCCAUUUUGAAGUUUGGUAUCGUACUGAUGCAGAAGAAUGCCGAGACGCUAUUGAAGAUGAAGGACAUGUCUACUCUCACCAACUUUCUCAAGGAGCGGCUCUUUGACGUUUACAUUGACAAGGCUCCUUCGGCGAAUUCCAUCCUCGAGAAUGGCUUCUUUGGCUCAACAGCAGGAAUUGACAAGGAAGUCUACCGCGCUGACAUGCUUGUGCAAGAUGCGGUUGCCAUCAAGGUGACGCCAGAGAUGCUGAAGCAAUACACUGCAGAGUGGAAGGAGCAACAACGUGUGGAGAAGGAUCGUGAGACGGAGCUCCAGGGUCUGAAAGAAAAGGUAGCCCACCUAGAGUCCAAGGUCCGCCUACUUGAGACUCGUGCGGAGCAGUCGGACAUGGAGCAUGUGCAGAUGGCCUCGGAGUUGGUCAAGACCAAGGUCGAGAAUGAGAGUCUCGCUGAAGAGAAUGAGACAUUCAGGACCAAAGUGACUGAGCUCCAGAAGAUUGUGGACACGCAGCCAGAUGAGGUCGAGGCCCGGUUGAAGAGUGAGAUGGAGACUGUGAUGCAAAAGAACAUCAUGGUCCAUAAUGAGAAUCGCAGCCUGGAAGAGGCGAUGGCCGAGAUGGAGAAGGAACUUGUGGAGACGAAGAUGCAAUGGGCUACUAUCAACGAGGAGUACGAGAGCCUUAAACAAAAGUGGAACAGCGUGUCGAGCAUGAUGAAGUAA